GUUCUUAUUUCACUCACUGCCGCCUGUAGUAGUGUCUCUGGAUCAGUCUCUUGUGGUCUCUCUCUCGCCUGAAAUAUUCAUACCGCCUCCUGAUCCGUAUCGUGGAAGAAAGCCAGUGCACGACUUUCGGCAGGUGCUAUCUGCAAACGCUCCUUCCUCAACAACAACCCCACGAUCGCACUAGGCUAGCAGCGCGACAUCCGGGUAGCUACGUGUGCGCCAUGGCACCAACCACACGACCCAAUAACGAGGACCGCGAGCCCUUCGAGCCUCGACAGAGCGAGCACCCUGCCCUCCACCCUUCCAUCACGAAUGUGCCCGUCACCCCUGGAUUUGGUUUGGACGAGGAGAAGGAGCCCGCGAGGGAGAAGAACAACAGCCUACCUUUCGACCCAGAGACAGCGACACCGGGACCAGCUUGGGGCGACAAAGGCUCGUACUUCCCGAAGCAAAGUGGAAAUGACCGCGCAAGCUCUUCUACCGAGCAGGCGGCUGGUGCGCCCACGGGCGAGGAACUGCUGAAGCGGCUCAGUAUCUCAUCUGAGUCCACGAAGAAGCCCGAUUUGGCUGAUGUCGACCCGCGAGCUGCGCACCCCGGACUUAAUCUCAGCGGCAGGUUGAUCAGCGCGACUUUCGCUGUGCCCUACAACCUAGGCUAUUCGAAGGGCAACGACUGGGAGAUGAACUCUCGUCAUGGCACAUCUGCUCUCUUCGACUCUUUCUCAUACCUUGCUUCCUCAUCUUCGCCCUGGAAUCACACCCUCGUUGGCUGGACAGGCGAGAUUUCAAACGCAAAGGCUACCGUCGAGGCACCUGUUCAACCUACGCUCAACAAGGCUGCUGCACCUAUACCAGUUGACCCCAAGAAGCCAGCACCGCAACAACAGCAGCCAUCGGGCAUACGUGUUGGGCGCGAGGAUCGUGAGCGUUUGGAGAAGCAGCUCGAACGUCACGGCGGCAAGAUCGUUCCCGUCUGGCUGGUGGAUGAGGUUGACGAUGGAAAGGACGAGUAUGUCCUGAAAGACCAGAGCCGUUGGCGCACAUACGCAGAGCAUGAGCUCUACACAAUUCUUCACUACAAGCAGAACGAGCCAGCAGAUGGACGUGCCGCGCGCAAGUCAUGGGCAGACUACUACCGCAUGAAUAAGCUUUUUGCGGACAGAAUCCUCGAGAUUUACAGCCCCGGCGAUAUCAUCAUGGUUCACGACUACCAGUUGAUGCUUCUUCCCAGCCUGCUGCGCCAGCGCCUACCAAACAUCUACAUCGGCUUCUUCCUUCACGUCCCAUUUCCCAGUAGCGAGUUCUACAGAUGUUUGAGCAGGCGCAAGGAAAUCUUGGAGGGUGUUCUGGGCGCAAACAUGAUUGGCUUCCAGUCAUUCAGUUACUCACGCCACUUCUCGUCGUGCUGCACUAGGGUUCUCGGCUUCGACUCGUCUUCGGCUGGUGUAGACGCGUACGGAGCACAUGUAGCAGUCGACGUUUUCCCAAUUGGCAUCAACUCCAUUUCGACAACACGACAGGCCUUCGAAGCUCCCGAAGUCGAAGAAAGAAUUAAGCUUAUUCGCGAGAUGUACGCAGGCAAGAAGUUGAUUGUUGGCCGUGAUAGGCUCGAUGCCGUUCGUGGUGUUGUACAGAAGCUGCAGGCAUUCGAGAUGUUCCUCGAGAAGUACCCCGAAUGGCAAGAGAAGGUAGUCCUCAUUCAGGUAACUAGCCCUAGCGCUGUGGUUUCUGAAAGAGGUGACAACACACAAGAGAAGAUGGUCAACAAGAUCUCGGAUCUUGCUGCUAAGAUCAACGGUACCUACGGAUCUCUCAGCUUUACGCCGGUUCGCCACUUCCCACAGUAUCUGUCAUCGGAAGAGUACUUCGCUUUGCUCCGCAUCGCAGACGUUGGCCUGAUUACCAGUGUCCGUGAUGGUAUGAACACAACGAGCAUGGAAUACGUUGUUUGCCAGAAGGAGAACCACGGCCCCUUGAUCCUUUCCGAGUUCUCGGGUACGGCUGGAUCCCUCAGCGGAGCUAUUCAUAUCAACCCCUGGGACCUAGGCGGUGUGGCAGACGCCAUCAACGAUGCGCUCAAAAUGUCUAGCAAGGAACGUGACGACCAACACCAGGAGCUGUACAGCCACGUCGUUAGCAACAACGUCCAGUCAUGGACAAACAACUACCUCAAGAGGCUUCUGACCAACUUGUCCUCAUUCGACCAGUCGUUUGCCACGCCAGUUCUGGAUCGCGCGAAGAUUCUCUCUCAGUACAGACAAGCCAAGAAGCGUCUCUUCAUGUUUGAUUAUGACGGUACACUCACGCCUAUCGUUAAAGAUCCGGCGGCAGCUAUUCCUUCCGACCGAGUGAUUCGCACCCUGAAGACUUUGGCCGCAGACAAGGCCAAUGCUGUCUGGAUCAUCAGCGGCAGAGAUCAGGCAUUCUUGGACGAGUGGAUGGGCCACAUUCCUGAGCUCGGCCUCAGCGCUGAGCACGGAAGCUUCAUGAGGCAACCUCUGAGCGAUGAGUGGGAGAACCUGACCGAGAAGGAGGACAUGAGCUGGCAGCAAGAAGUCAUCGAUGUGUUCCAGCACUACACCGACAAGACACAGGGAUCAUUCAUCGAGCAAAAGAAGAUCGCACUCACCUGGCACUACCGAAAGGCUGACCCCGAGUUCGGUGCAUUCCAGGCGCGCGAGUGCCAGACGCACCUCGAAAGGACCGUAGCUAAGAAGUACGACGUCGAGGUGAUGACAGGCAAAGCCAACCUCGAAGUCCGCCCAAGAUUUGUCAACAAGGGCGAAAUUGCAAAGAGGCUUGUUCUUGAGUAUGGCGAUGCGGCACCAGAGUUCGUCCUCUGCCUGGGUGAUGAUUUCACAGACGAGGACAUGUUCCGAUCGCUGCGCCAGUCCAAGCUGCCAACAGACCACGUCUUCUCCGUAACCGUUGGCGCAAGCUCCAAGCAAACAUUGGCGAGCUGGCACUUGGUCGAGCCGUCAGAUGUUAUUUCGGUCAUCUCGCUGCUCAAUGGCUUCGCUGAUGCAGGUAACGUGGGCGCAGUUGCUGUGGUGGAGGGAUACAUCCCAGAGAACCGGAUAUAAGGGUGCUUGCUUUCGAUGAGACCAUGGCCUAGAAAAAACGAUAUCGAGCAUUUUGGCGUGGACUGGAGCAAAUGGAGCACCAGGAAAUAAACCAGGGCGGUUUCGCACUCGAGACGUCACAGAACAUUAGAUAGCUGAACAAAUGCCUCCCAAUGAUAGCGGCCAUAGGGCUGCAUACCU